AUCGCACCAGAUAAUACCAGAAGAAUCAAAAUGGCCAAAAUAAAAUUCAUCGAAUACUUCCGCGUCAAGCCGCGAUGGCUCUUCGUCAAGGUCACCGAUGACCAGGGCCGGUUCGGCUGGGGCGAGGGCACGUUAGAAGGCCAUACGCAGGCUGUCGAGGGCGCACUGGACGAGAUCAUUGUGAGGCUUGUGGGCCUGGAGGCAGAUGACAUCGAACACAUCUGGCAACUUGUCUGGCGACUAGGCUUCUACCGCGGAGGGCCCGUCUUCAUGUCUGCUAUCUCAGGUAUCGACAUCGCAUUGUGGGAUCUGAAAGGUCGCACGCUGGGCGUGCCGGUGUACCAGCUUCUUGGGGGGAAGGUGCGAAACAAGGUGCAGGUAUAUGCAUGGAUUGGAGGUGAUCGACCGAGUGAUGUCGAGGUGGCAGCAAAAGCACGUAUCGAGCAGGGCCUUAAAUGCAUCAAAAUGAACGCCACCGAGGACGUGAAUUGGCUCGACGGGCCCGCCGUGCUGGACUCGUGCGUUGAGCGCCUCAAGACUGUCAAGUCGCUCGGCCUCGACGCAGGACUAGACUUCCAUGGCCGACUGCACAAGCCGAUGGCAAAGCAGUUAGCUAAGGCGCUGGAGCCCUAUCGGCCACUCUUUAUCGAGGAGCCACUGCUCUGCGAGCACCCCGAAGCGCUGAAGCAGCUGUCCGGACUGACUACAAUCCCUAUCGCUUUCGGGGAGCGGUUGUUCACGCGGUGGGACAUGAAACGGUUCCUGGAAGACGGAUCGGUGGACGUGCUGCAGCCGGACAUUGCGCAUGCGGGUGGCAUUUCCGAGACGAGGCGCAUUGCGUCGUUGGCAGAGACAUACGAUGUGGCUAUUGCGCCGCAUUGCCCGUUGGGCCCGAUUGCAUUGGCAGCGUCGAUCCAGGUGGCCGUUUCGACGCCAAAUUUUGUCAUCCAAGAGAUGAGCCUGGGGAUGCAUUAUAAUGUUGAAGCGGGGGAUAUUGACCUGAAUAGUUACUUGGUGGAUAAGUCGGUGUUUGAUAUCGCGGAAGGGUUUGUGAAAGCGCCGUCGGGCGUGGGAUUGGGAAUUGAGAUCGACGAAGAACUGGUCAGGGCUAUCAGUAAGGAGACAGAACCUUGGCAGCCCAAGGAGUUUUAUGGACCUGACGGGGCAAUUCGUGAGUGGUGA